AUGGCUAAUCACAAAAAUAUCUUCUUUCUAUGUUUCUUUGUAGGUUUAGGGUUAUGUUCUGCUAGACGAGCACUUCUCUCCUUCUCUGAAUCCGAGGCUGAAGUCUCUGAAUAUGGCGUCAAAAGUGGUUUAAAUGCUGGUGUUGGUAUUGGUGGCGGCGGCGGAGUAGGUGGUGGUGCUGGCUACGGUGGAGCUGGAGGUAUUGGCGCAGGCGGAGGUGGUGGACAUGGUGGCGGUGCUGGCGGAGGCGGCGGUGGUGGUCCUGGAGGAGGAUCUGGCUACGGAGGCGGUGAAGGUGGUGGAGCUGGUGGGUAUGGCGAGGGACAUAUUGGUGGAGGAGGAGGCGGUGGACAUGGGGGUGGUGCUGGCGGAGGUGGUGGUCCUGGAGGAGGCUACGGAGGUGGAAGCGGUGAAGGCGGUGGAGCUGGGUAUGGAGGCGGAGAAGCUGGUGGGUAUGCUGGUGGUGGAGGAAGCGGAGCAGGAGGCGGUGGAGGAGGUGGCGGUGCACAUGGGGGUGGGUACGGUGGUGGACAAGGCGGUGGUGCGGGAGGAGGAUAUGGAGGGGGAGGUGCCGGUGCCGGUGGACAUGGAGGUGGCGGAGGCGGUGGGAAUGGUGGCGGUGGAGGAGGAGGUUCUGGCGAAGGAGGAGCUCACGGUGGUGGUUACGGAGCAGGAGGUGGGGCUGGAGAGGGAUAUGGCGGUGGUGCGGGAGCUGGUGGACAUGGUGGUGGAGGAGGAGGUAGUUGUUCCCAACUCUAA